AUGUCGCGCGACAUCGAAGUGACGCACGACUCCCGUGUUGCAGAGAGCGCAUCAGCUGCGCCUGAUCGGCUCGAGGAAAUGCAGCCACAUGCCAGCACGGGGACGGGGCACUUCCGGGGGAACCUGGUGGGAAACCGAGGCAUUAACACAGCAGAUGGCGGCAUUAAUGGACAGAUUGACCCCGAUGUUAAACAACCGUAUGACAUCAACACCCACAACCCCAAGAUCUCCAGCAACACCAUAGUCAAUGCCACAGCCGUUACCAAUGCCACCACCCUAUCCUAUGCCACCACCUUGUCCUAUACCACCCCCAUCACCACCUCUACCACCACCACCAUCACCACCUCCACCACCACCGGCACCUCCAACUCCACCACUACCUGUACCACAGCAGCCGCCUCGGAUACGCCAACCGAAUCCAAGAAAUGA